UGCUUACCAUUUGCAAUUUCGCCGCCAUCUUGAAAUUAUGAUCAGGUCGAACUCGUCUUAGUCUCUUUCGGUGUAUCGUUUUUUUUCAGUAAAUGGUACAUGACCAGCCUAAAAGGAACUUACCAUCAGGCAUUUUUGCUUACCAUUUGCGCAAAACGUCGACGCGCCGGUUUCUCCGUGUAAGUGGUAAACAACCACUCUCUAUGAGUUACACCUUUAACUUCUGAUAUGUAUUUUUACAAUGAAAGUUGGCAUUAAAUAUGAUUGAACUUUUUUGUGAUCUAUAUUUUGGUCUAUUUUUGGAGGGGACUUCCAUUAGAUUAGAUAUGGUGUGUUUAUCACAAAUACCUAUUUUAAGGUAGUUUAUCAGAUAAGGGCAUUUCUCACAAAAUAAGUUCACGGAACGGCAUUAAAUAUGAUUGAACUGUUUUGUCAUCUAUAUUUGGGUCUAUUUUUGGAGGGGACUUCCAUUAGAUUAGAUAUGGUGUGUUUAUCACAAAUAACUAUUUUGGGGUAGUUUAUCAGAUAAGGGCAUUUCUCACAAAAUAAGUUCACGGAAUGGUUUGUCUAUAUUCGUUGAUGAGCAGCGCGAAACCAUCCUCAAGGUCGUAAUUUCGCGUCUUCUAGUGAACGUUUUUCUACUUUAUCCUUGCAAAAGUUAUAACUGUUUGAAACGGUAUAGUGUCGGCCUGAUCCAAAUAAACAGAUCUGUCCCCACAAUAAAGUGUAUGCGUUUCCAUAUUCAUUUUGCAUAUCAAGGGUGCAGAAAACGUGGCAAAAAAGAAAGGAAAAGGUUGGGGUCAAUAUGUGUGACAAAGAGGAAAGGGCGCCUAAUCACAGAAUGACAUGCACUCAUAUUCGUUUCAGCGCAACAAGCCAUUAUCUGUAAGAUAACUAUUUCCAUAAAUAUCAAGUAUAUAACCAGUUAUAGCAGCAAUAUAACAACUCCGAUAUCAUAAAGAACGAUAAAUAUUACCACGAUAACCUUUAACAAUACUGGUUUAAGAGGAACUAUCACAAAGCGUAUAUAAAGAAACAGAUACUCGUCAUUUCUCCAGUGAGUUUCCACUACCUGGUACAGAGAGCUAGUGUCAGAAUGGCGUCAAAGAUAUCGUUGGCAUCUUUGCUUCUAGUGAUGCUUCUUGCUUCGUGGGGAAGCAAGCUAAGUUCUUCAGAAGAAGGCGUUCAGGAGCUCAACACAUUUCGGCUGGAAGAUCCAAACAAGGACCAGGAUAUGGCCGAUGGGCAAGAUGGGGAUACCGACGUAGAAGUAGGAAACUACAGGCAACAACAGAGAGUCAGUGGAAGAGCACGAGGGAGCCGAUCGUCCAAGAGGUGUGGACCAGACGUCACUCACUGGCUUGUUCACCAGAUGAACCAUAACAAGGACCAUCAUGUAAUCAAACGUUGUGGCAGCUGGGCCGGGAGUUGGAUAUGGCCUUGGUGUCUUCGGGAAUUUGCAAAACUUGUUGGUGACGGAAGACCAUGGGAUUUCAAAAACACUCAGACAUUCCAUCGAGGAUCGUGCCCACAUCGAUGCCCGAAAACAGUGACCCUCUGCAACCAAUGCGUAUUCCAUGACGUACCAGGAAACAUCCAUUACGGCUACGUUGGUCGUGCUGCUGCCUUUCAACGCCUGCUUCUGCAGUUUGCUGCCCACCGGGUUCAGAAAGGUGGGAUUGACGACCCGAAGGAUCAGAAUGCCAUCAGAAUUGGAAUGGAUCUGUGGGAUCACCCUAAUAGGAGAGACCACUUUUGCCAUGAAGUUCAUAAGCACUCGUUGAGCAAGCAUCACACUUCAGGCUGCCACAUAUGUAGCACGAGAUAUUAAGCAGACGAAAAAGAGACCUGUAACGAAACGUGCAAGCAUCACACUUCAGGUUGCCACUCAUGUAGCACGAUAUAUUAUUUACCUUUUUUUACAUAACCGUGACAAAAUAUUGUAAGCUUGAUCCUUUCUCGCUUCAGUCUUGUUUACUUUCUUCCAAUGUAAGGCCGAUAGUUUUGCUGCUCGAUAAAUGCAGCCAUGUUCAAAGAAUUAAUAGAAUUGAAUAGCUACCUCGAUGUAACAUAGACUAAGUAAAAUAAAGAUACGAUCUCCUGGCA